AUGGACUUCACUGAUCCCGCACCCACCUCCGUUUCAUUACUCUAUAAAUUUGAGCUCUCUGAACGUUUACUCUGUCACUCCUCUCUCGCUCGCUCUAUUUAUUCUCCCUGUCUCUCUCUCCUACUAAUUCUUCGCCCGUUCCCCCGCCGCUCGUCCUUUGGCGGUCCGGUCUCUGGAGUAUCGUCGCCACCAGCAACACCUGAUCGUCAAUUGCACCAUCGCUUCGCACCAUACCAGUGGCUUCAUAAACAGAACACCAAGAAGACCCAAAGCCCUGGUGAUCCAGCAACCUCUCUCUCUGACUCAAAUCCUCUAAGAUCAAUUAUCGUUCCUGGUAACCUUUAUAAGACCUUCUGUGUCAACUUAAUGCUUAGAGCCGAAGCUGAGACAGUUGGUUUUGCUCGGAGAUAUUCCCAACUGUUUAAAAACAUGUUUUUCGAUGGAUAUGGAUAUCAUGGAACAUCAUUUGAGCAAACGUACCGAUGUUACCCUGCAUCUUUUAUUGACAAGCCACAGAUUGAAAAUGGUGAUAAAAUUAUAAUGCCUCCAUCAGCCCUUGACCGUCUUGCAUCUCUGCACAUUGAUUAUCCAAUGCUGUUUGAGCUUCGCAACGCUGCUGCUGAGCGGGCUUCGCAUUGUGGAGUUCUGGAGUUCAUUGCAGAAGAAGGCAUGAUAUAUAUGCCAUAUUGGAUGAUGGAGAAUCUGCUUUUACAAGAAGGGGACAUUGUGCGAGUUAAAAAUGUGACUCUUCCAAAGGGUACAUAUGUGAAGCUGCAACCCCACACAAAGGACUUCUUAGAUAUUUCCAACCCAAAAGCCAUGACAAUAAAGGAGUGUGACGGAGAGGUUCUCAUUGGGAUGAUGGAAUUAUCACCUAUUGAUCUGCUGGUUAGGUGUGGAUUUGGAGUGGCCGAUGUGGGUAAAGCUUGGGGUGUGGUAGUGAGAUCAUUGAUGGAUUUUCGUUUGGUACAACAAAGGUGA